AGGCUCGUGAGGAUAAGAGCGAGCUCAAAUGGCUGACGAGGAGACGACGGAGGUUGAGGUCGCCGAGACGGCCCCGGUCGCCGAGGCGCCGGCGGUGAUGGACGUCGAGACGGCGCUCAAGCUGGUGUUGAAGAACGCGCUGGUGCACGACGGCGUCGCCCGCGGCCUGCACGAGUGCGCCAAGACGCUCGACAAGGGCCAGGCGCAGCUGUGCGUCCUCUCGGCCGACUGCUCUGAGCCCGAGUACACCAAGCUCGUCGAGGCGCUGUGCGCGGAGCACGGGGUCAACCUGAUGAAGGUGUCGGACAAGAAGCAGCUCGGCGAGUGGGUCGGCCUCGCCAAGCUCGACCAGGAGGGUGCCGCCCGCAAGGUCGUCGGCUGCUCGUGCGUCGUCGUGCGCGAGUGGGGCGAGGAGUCGGAGGCCCUCUCCAUCCUGCAGGACUACUUCAAGUCGAAGUAGCUGGCCCACAUCCGCACUCACGGGGACCCUCCGGUGGCAGCGCUGUGAGGACGCGCGUGCACUCGCUCGUGCCCCCAGCUUGGCAGCGCGCGGUCCUGGUGGUGGUGGUCG